CUCACACGCUCCUGGAGGACCACCUCCGGAGACUGAGUUCUUUUUUCCUCUCUUCUUUUCCAAGCUGCCCUCCUGCACGCCCUCCCUGCCCAGUGCCAUGCAUUCUUGAGUGGCAGCGCGCGGACACCGGAGAAACCGAAGCCAGAGAGAGAGAGGACUGGAGCCAAGAUACUCUGGUGGCGGAGCUUGGAUGCCUGGCUUUCUUUGAGGACAUCUUUGGAGCGAGGGUGGCUUUGGGGUGGGGGAUUGUGCUGCAGGCAAUUCAGCCAGGCCCCAAGAUGGACACUUCUGGGCACUUCCAUGACUCGGGGGUCGGGGACCUGGAUGAAGACCCCAAGUGCCCCUGCCCAUCCUCCGGGGAUGAGCAGCAGCAGCAGCAGCAGCAACAGCAGCAGCAGCCACCACCACCACCACCACCAGCGCCACCAGCAGCCCCCCAGCAGCCCCCGGGACCCCCACUGCCGCCUCAGCCUCCACAGCAGCCAGCGCACCCCCUGUGUCAACUCCAGAGCCAGCCCGUCCACCCUGGCCUGCUGCACUCCUCUCCCACCGCCUUCAGGGCCCCCACUUCGUACAAUUCCACCGCCAUCCUCCACCCUUCCUCCAGGCAAGGCAGCCAGCUAAAUCUCAAUGACCACUUGCUUGGCCACUCCCCAAGUUCCACAGCUACAAGUGGGCCCGGUGGAGGCAGCCGGCAUCGGCAGGCCAGCCCCCUGGUGCACCGGCGGGACAGCAACCCCUUCACGGAGAUCGCCAUGAGCUCCUGCAAGUACAGUGGUGGGGUCAUGAAGCCCCUCAGCCGCCUCAGCGCCUCCCGGAGGAACCUCAUCGAGGCCGAGCCGGAGGGCCAACCCCUCCAGCUCUUCAGCCCCAGCAACCCCCCUGAGAUCAUCAUCUCCUCCCGGGAGGACAACCAUGCCCAGCAAACCCUACUCCACCACCCCAACGCCACCCACAACCACCAGCACGCCGGCACCACGGCCAGCAGCACCACCUUCCCCAAAGCCAACAAGAGGAAAAACCAAAACAUUGGCUAUAAGCUGGGACACAGGAGGGCCCUGUUCGAAAAGAGAAAGCGACUGAGUGACUAUGCUCUGAUUUUUGGGAUGUUUGGAAUUGUUGUUAUGGUGAUAGAGACUGAGCUUUCUUGGGGUUUGUACUCAAAGGAUUCCAUGUUUUCGUUGGCCCUGAAAUGCCUUAUCAGUCUGUCCACCGUCAUCCUUUUGGGUUUGAUCAUCGCCUAUCACACACGGGAAGUCCAGCUCUUCGUGAUUGACAAUGGCGCGGACGACUGGCGGAUAGCCAUGACCUACGAGCGCGUCCUGUACAUCAGCCUGGAGAUGCUGGUGUGCGCCAUCCACCCAAUUCCCGGCGAGUACAAGUUCUUCUGGAACGCGCGCCUGGCCUUCUCCUACACGCCCUCGCGGACCGAGGCGGAUGUGGACAUCAUCCUGUCCAUCCCCAUGUUCCUGCGCCUGUACCUGAUCGCCCGCGUGAUGCUGCUGCACAGCAAGCUCUUCACCGAUGCCUCGUCCCGCAGCAUCGGCGCCCUCAACAAGAUCAACUUCAACACGCGCUUCGUCAUGAAGACCCUCAUGACCAUCUGCCCCGGCACGGUGCUGCUGGUGUUCAGCAUCUCGCUGUGGAUCAUUGCUGCCUGGACGGUCCGCGUCUGCGAAAGGUACCACGACCAGCAGGAUGUAACUAGUAACUUUCUGGGCGCCAUGUGGCUCAUCUCCAUCACGUUCCUUUCCAUUGGUUACGGGGACAUGGUGCCCCACACGUACUGCGGGAAAGGGGUCUGCCUCCUCACCGGCAUCAUGGGUGCGGGCUGCACUGCCCUCGUGGUGGCCGUGGUGGCCCGGAAGCUGGAACUCACCAAAGCAGAGAAGCACGUCCACAACUUCAUGAUGGACACUCAGCUCACCAAGCGGAUCAAGAAUGCGGCAGCCAACGUUCUCCGGGAAACGUGGCUCAUCUAUAAACACACGAAGCUGCUGAAGAAGAUCGAUCACGCCAAGGUCCGGAAGCACCAGAGGAAGUUUCUGCAAGCUAUCCACCAGUGGUUGGUGCUGAACUGGAGGGGCAUCGGCCAGAAGUGGAUCUGGGUCUCCUUCCUGGAGGACGAGAUGCAGAACGUCAUGUAUGACUUGAUCACGGAGCUCAAUGACCGGAGCGAAGACCUGGAGAAGCAGAUCGGCAGCCUGGAGUCUAAACUGGAGCACCUGACCGCCAGCUUCACCUCGCUGCCCCUGCUCAUCGCGGACACGCUGCGCCAGCAGCAGCAGCAGCUCCUGGCGGCCCUCAUGGACGCGCGGGGCGUCACCCACGCCCCCCUGGCCGACAGCCCCAUCGGGGUCAGCUCCACCUCCUUCCCGACCCCCUACACAAGUUCAAGCAGUUGCUAAAUAGCACCCCCACGCCCUACCCACCCCGCUCCAGACGCGUUUACCCAUAGGUCUUAAGAAGUCAGUCAACUCUCUCUUGGUUGGCCAGCGAGGAGCUCGCGGACCAGGGGCCUUCAAGAAGAGAGACCAGACCGAGCGAACUAAGUCACUCGUGUUCAAUCGGCCGCUUGGUUCGAGAUGCCUUGAAACCAGAAAUCUAAUCUCUGUUUCGGUGCCUCUGCUUGGCAGCGGGAAGAGGACAGGGCGGGGAGCGGCGCCGCUGGCAGGGCCCUUGCUGCGGAGCUUGGUGGAGAACAGAAACCCACGCCCAAUCUCAGGUCUUCACGUGGGGGGUGGGGGCGCACGCACCGAGAAGGAAGCAAGCCUACAGGAGGUCCCGCUGGGAGGGAGGAGCCCUGUCAGGCCUGGGGGAGCGGCUCCUCCCUACGGGGACCGGGUCCUCAUGCACCCCUCUCUCCUCUCCUUUUGUCUAAGUCUUUGGAAGGCAAACCUGAAAGAGGGCUGCCCACAACUUGCCCAAACAGAUAUCAUUUCCUCUCAGAGCUGAAGCAGUCGCAAAACUCCAGUGAAGACUAGGGGGAAGAAGAAGGAAAAAAAGUCGACCUUCCCAGCCAAUAUUCAUCCCCAUGCAAACCUGUGUGUUUGCAAGCAGACCCACCACACGCACACACACACACCCUCAUCUCCAACCCUGGUCCUUCUUCCUGUGGUUCAUACGAAAGGCCCUGGUGUCAUGGGCAUCUCCACGUGGCCACAGAGUCGGUGGGAAGCCGAGCGAGAAGUGUUUUCCGUGCCUGUGUGGAGCGUGGGCCACGUGCUCAGCUGCGGAAGAUGCAGGUCCCUCCCACACACUGCAGGUUGCCUUGCCCUGGAUCCGCACCAGGCUUGAUGUGCGAUGAAUGCCGAGCCCAAAUUGUUGGCGUUCUGAAGGGAUAAGUGGGCCUUCUUAAAAAAAUAACAGCUUCGGCAGAUUUCUUCUUGCAUCCCAACAAGCUGUGUUUCGAUGGACCGUGUGACCUGGUGUAUGGAUUGAUGGAAAAGGGCAGAGAAUGUGUGUGUGUGCAUGCACGUGCGUGCCACGCGUGGGGCUUGCACGCAUGCAAACAGGUGCGACCUAGUGGCACCUCGGUGGCCAGUAGCCUUGUUGGGGAGCUUGCUGAGCUGCAGUUAGUUAGCCAGUGGCUGGGUUCCAACCCCAGAUGUUAGGGAUCCAAAGUGGUCAUGAGUUUCCCCUGGAAGCUACUGUGCUGGGAGAAGUGGGGGUCCUGUGGUCCCUUCCACUUGGCCUGCAGUUGCCUCAACUUGAGUCCAGGAAGAGGCACAGAGGGUCUUUAGAGGGUGUGUAGGUGAGACGACACAGGUCCGUGGAAGCCUGUUGACCUUGGAGCAAAACCUGUGUCCAUGGCCCUGGGACUCAUGGUAAAACGCAGACCCAGUGAGGGAUGGGCCCUGGGAAGCCAGGGGCCGUGGCUGCAGAAUGUCCGCCUGGUCCUGAAUCCUACCUGCACGUGCGUGGUGUGGGGACCAUGCUGUGAUUCAUCACACCAGUUCUCAUGCUGAUGGUGGGGGAGUCUCUGAGGCUGGAUGGAAUGUGUCAUCCGUUUAGGGGCAAGCAAGAGGGUGGCCUCUGGGUACGGUCAUUCUGUUGGGGUACGCUCUGUAACGAAACCCCCCCCCCACUUCCCAAGUUGGUGUCUGGCUGUGUGUGUGGCGGGUGUGGGGGGGGUGUCUCUUCUGUGGCACCUGGCCUGGUCCUCUACGGAUCAGGAAGGGAACCCUUGGGCAGAAAGAGAGGGCAGGCCUUACACUUUACCUGGCUACGUUUUCGAGAAGAGCUGGUCUUGUCCUGCGCCUUUUCUUUGUGUCGUUCGUGAUUGCUGCCGUUGGCUCUUUGGAAGUCCCGUGCUUAUCUUGAGAUAAACUCCCUCCCGCAUCUGCGCGGACCCCGCUUGUUCACGCCAUCAGAGUCCCACUUGCGGUUGGCCUUUGCUGUUGCUCUUUUGACCAGGGGGUGCCUGAAAAGCCCCUUCCUCCCCACCCCCUUGUUUUAUACCCCGAGGACGGCGUUGCUGUUCUCCGUGGCAGUUUGUCAGAGCACAAAGGAAACGUGUAAACCGGUGGAAUAACCGUGCAGCUCUUCCGUGGGAUUCCGUUUCACCAAGGGAAGACUAACCUUAGUCAUUCAGUCUACAGCCUGACAUAGCCCGACUCAUCCUCUCCGUUCUUCUGUAAGCCUGUUGGGGUGGGGAUGUGUGUGUG